GAUUGGAUCAGUGGGGAAGCCUAGCUAUUUAAGCCAGUGAGUCGGUAAUUGAGAAGAUGUUCCAAUUUUAUCAAAUGUUAUCGAUUUUAGUCUGAGUUAUUCAAAACCAGAGGUUAUUUUUCUCGAAUUCGUCUCAAAUCAAUAGUAUCUGAUCCUUCAGUACAUUUUGCAGCCCUAAUUUUUGGAAUUACACCUAUAUUUAGCAAACCCUAGUUUGUUCUAGGGUUUAAUUCACAAUUGAUCCUAUCAGAGACUCGAUUCUUCUUGUGUUCGUCUUUUUUCGAACAAGGAUCUCAUCAACAAAAAGUUCAUCUUCAAUCUCAUCAACAACAAGUUCAUCAUCCAGCAUGAGUAAAGAAGAGUAUGGUGUUGGUUUUCCGAGGAAGGUAUACCAGCUGAUCUUCUCUCGUCUUCGAGCAUUAAUACCCAGAAUUAUUCUGGAGAAGAGGAGCUAUUCUGUGUCUAUGUUCCCACGAACCAUCUUUACCUUGGGGGAUAUAUUCUUAGUCAAUUGCAAAGAUGUCAUCAGACCAAACUUAUUGGUCAGUGAAGGAAUUGGUUAUGAUAGUCAAGUGAUGGGCAAAAGACUUUGUGAUGAUUGCGAGCUUGGGAAAGAUGAUCGUGUAGAAGGCGAUAAGUUGGAAGUUUAAGCGAUGUGUCCGGAAUGUUAUCAACUACUAAGAAUGAAUGCUACUACUAGGCUGCUCGAAGUUGCAAACGUUAUGUUCUGCUUGUUUUAUGUUGUUGGUUUCAUAGAUUGUAGUGUGGGAUUAAUGCUUACCGUUUUGGGUUUUGCUUAUCCCCAACAAACUGUUUUUGUUGGAUGUUGAAAUGCAAAAUGGUGAGUCUAUCUAUGUAGUUUGGCUGUUUUAUGUUACUCUCGUGUUAAUCGAAUUUGCCUAACUUUCUGUUUUGUGCCA